CAGACUGAUAGAUUGUAAGAUCUCUCAAGGGUCUCAUUCACUGAGUCCAUAUUAGACAUCUGCCAAAAAAGAAAUAACAUUCACAGUGAAAUACACUGUCCUUUCCUCCCUAUGGGACUAGGUGUCACAGUGAAUUAGAUACACUGUCCUUUCCCCCUUUGGGAUCGGGUGUCACAGUGUAGGGAUAGAUAAUGAAGCAGAAAAGGAGACAGGUGGUGGAGGCGGUAUUACUGCACACAGAUCAAUUUACUCAGUGGGGAGCCUGUUGAAGUGUCAGUGACGGAUUUAGACAUGGACGGACUAUUGCGCAUAGAAGGAGGGAGAUGAAGGAGGAAAUAUUGCAAUUGACGAGAGCUAAUGGUAUGGAAAGUGUGAGGGAAUUGUAGCUAAAGAGAUAGAGACUGUGAAAUCAAGAUAGAAGGCUAGACAUAGGAUGGGAGAGCCAGAAAAAGAUAGCGAGCGAUAAGAGCGAGAGGCAGUGAGGGGAUGGGACAGACCAUGAGACAGAAAGAGAGGGGAAGGGAGAGACAGAGCAACAGACAUAGGAAGACAGCUACUGACAGAAAGAGAGAGGGGGACAGAAAGGAAUUGUGAGAGAGAUCAAGACAGAAACAAAGUGAGGGAUAGAUAUCGUGAGAGAGACACACACACGAGAAAGAGAAAGGGUCAGAUAGAGAGAGAGAGAGACAGCGAUCACAUACCUGUGUGUAUUACUGCAGCCUGUUUGGUGCAUUCUCAGCUGCUGAUCUCCGUGUGUGAGUCAAAUCAUGAUGAGCUGUGUGAUGUGACUGUCGGGGAUUGGGUGGCUGGCUGCAGUUUACAGCUCACUGCACCCCCUCCCCCCUUUGCCGUGGCUGGCAUGUCUUUGCCAAUGGGGACCGGGUAUGGACAUGGCCAAGCACCUACACUCCAGCCUAGGUAACCUCGGGCCAAGAAGCAGCUGAGGUUUAUGUCUGGACAGUUCAGGUCCCUGUCAGAGCAACUUUGCACCAUUGUUCACUGGAAGUAUGGCAGCCUCCACCAGCUUGGCAUCUGGAAGUUCCUUGCCACAUGCGUGCUCUGCAAGUACAGCCGAGGACCCUUCUGUCACUGAUGGCUGCAAUUACAGUGUGACUGGUGGACUCCCAGACAAUUCUGUGUCGAUCCACAAUGGAGAACCCUGUUUCGUAUCAAGUGAGAUCAACGCACGAGGCCAAAAACUGAUGCAAAACUAUUUAAAUCAGUUCAGAUAAGCCACCACCGUGCCUUGAGUUAGAUGGAUCGCUAUUCUGUUUUGGAAGAAUUUCCAUCCAAGAAGGAGAUAGUCUGAGAGGAUAAUCUGACUGACUUACUUCAUUCAGCUCUUUACGAUGGCAGAUUUCCUGCAUAGUCACGCUUUCAACAUCGAAACGGAGGCAGCACAGAGCUUCAGUGGCACCAAGGAUUCUCGUUUCGGGCAAAUGGUGGCACAGUUUCAAAGCAGCACAGAAACGUGGAUCAUAGUCAGUGCCCCCCUCGAGGUGAAUGAGACCGGCACACGAACUGGGAGGAUCUACAAAUGCAAUUACACAAGAGGGCAGUGCCGUCCCCUGCUGGUUGUCGCACCACCUGAAGCUGGAGAUAUCUCUCUUGGACUUUCCCUUGCACCACGGACUGUUGGAGAGCCCUCCUUACUUGUGAGUAUUGUGUCCCAUACUAUCCCAUUACUGACUGUCCCUUCCUGUGGGAAAGUCUAA